CAAUGACACAAAAGUACUUUUCAACAAUCAGGAGUGGUCUAUCACUCAUCAAGUAUAACAAGCUCAUCUCAUCACGAGCAACUGUCUUCAAUUGCAAGCGUGCAAUACGCCCUCAAGCAUUUGCUACUAAGCCCAAAGACCUUGAAGAAGAGAAGCUUCCAUUCUACAAACCAGACCAAUUUUGUCCUGUACACAUUGGUGAACUUCUAAAUUCGAGAUACAGAGUAGUAGGAAAGCUUGGUUAUGGCUCUUACUCCACUGUAUGGCUAUGCCAUGAAAAGAGUGAACAGAGAUACGUGGCUGUCAAGAUACUAACCAAGAAUGAUUCAUCGAAAACAUCAUCAGGAGAACUGAGAAUAUACAGCCACUUGAGCAAGAUAAACUCUUCCCAUAUAGGAGGUUCCUAUAUCCGUGGCUUGCAUGAUACCUUCGACAUCACAACUCCAGACGGCACAUAUCCAUGUUUAGUGCACCCACCAAUGCACAUGUCUCUACAUGAUCUAAGAAUGCUUUCCAGCUCCCGAAGACUAAGCGAGUGUCUACUCAAAGAAACCCUGAAAUGUAUCCUCCAAGCACUUGACUUCCUUCACACUGAAGCGAACAUUAUCCAUACCGAUAUCAAACCCUCGAACAUCAUGCUCAGCAUAGACGAUCCCUCAAUCCUAACAUCCUUCGAAACAUCCGAACAACAAACCCCAGCCCCCAAGAAAACCAUAGACAACACCCGUUCAAUCUACACAUCUCGAAAGCUACGCCUACCCAAAGACAUGCUCUGGGGCCAGCCCGUACUCUGCGAUCUCGGCCAAGCGAGGAUCGGAUCAUCUCAUUGGGGAAUCAUCCAACCAAACAUCUACAAGGCACCCGAGGUACUCUUCGAUAUGGAGUGGGGGUUUAGUGUUGAUAUAUGGAAUCUCGGCGUCAUGAUAUGGGAUCUAUUCGAAGACAAGCAUCUGUUCAAUACUCUCGACGAAGACGGGAAUUACUCGCCAUCGCACCAUGUUGCUGAGAUGGUGGGGUUUCUUGGUCUGCCACCGUUGUCGUCGUUUAUCGAGCGAAAUCGGGAGACUCGGAAUGUGUUUAUGGAUGAUGGCAAAUGGCUAGGCGCGGGCGGAGUCACCGUCCCGACAACCUCACUCGAGGAGAUCGAAGAGAAUCUUAGCGGAAAGAACCAGGAACUGUUCCUCCAGUUCAUCCGAUCAAUGUUGCAAUGGGAGCCUGAGAGGAGGAAGACGGCGAGGGAGUUACUGAAUGAUCCGUGGUUGAACUCGACUUCAUAUUCGUAGUAUUUGGUUAGAUAUUGC